AUGAAGGAAGUGAUAUCGAGAAAAAGAACAUUUUUACACGAUGCAAUAGACAUGGUGUCUAUGGGCAGUCACACGCUUGAAAACGACGACUUUACAAGAUGCUUUCUGCCCGCGUCUCCAAUAGAAAUGGAUUCAAGCGGGAUAUUCUACACAUUCUCCUUUGUAAUAAGAUAUUUUGUUCUGUUUCCGAUAAGAAUGAUACUCCUUGCUCUGUGCAUGGCAAUUUUCCUACUGAUGAUACUCAGAGCAACACUUACCAAGAAGAAUAAACAUCUAGAAGAUGCAUUAAUGUUUGGGGCCAAAUCUCUGAUGCUUGUGAUGAAUGCAAGAAUAAACCAUAUGGGAGAAAAGAAGAGGCGUAGAGAGCCGCAUGUAUAUGUUUCAAACCAUACAUCAUUUGUGGACUUCUUUCUUCUCAGCAGCUAUAAGUUUCCUCAUGCCUGCGUUUCUGAAAGGCAUGGCGGGCUGUUUGGGCUUUUGUUCAAAUCGAUUUUGAUAAGGAACGGGUCUAUUGCGUUCAAAAGGAGUGAGAAGGUUGAUAGACAGCUUGUCGUAGAAAAGGUCAAAGAACAUGUGCGUUCCGGUGGAGCACCUAUGCUAAUUUUUCCAGAGGGGACAUGUGUAAAUAACAAGUUUUCUGUACUUUUUCAGAAGGGAGCUUUUGAGCUUGGAGUGACGAUAUGCCCAGUAGCCAUAAGGUUUAGAAGAAGGUUGUUUGACCCCUACUGGAAUAGAAGAUGCCACGGGUUUGCCAUGCAUAUAUUCUAUCUCAUGACUAGGUGGAGACUUGAAGCGGAGGUUGUGUGGAUGAAGCCUGUAAGCAUAAUGAAGGAUGAAUCUCCUACUCAGUUUUCUCAUAGAGUCAAAACCAUGAUAUCUAAGGAAGCCGGGCUGAGGAAUACGCUAUGGAAUGGAUUCCUCAAGAGUAGUCCGGCCAUCAAAGAUAGAGAGAUAUUGAGAGAGUCUUAUUUAAUAACUUAUGAAAGGGUUGCGUCAAACAUGCUGGACAGAAUCAACGCUCUUGACAUGGAGCAAAACAGAUUCUACUUAUGCGAUAGCAGCAUUGACUUCUCAUCGUCAAGAGCCCAUUUCUACUUCGAAUCCAUGAUACCCUACAAGAAAUUCCAGAAUGAAGUUUUGAAGGAGUAUUUAAGGCUCAAGGAGCUUCCCCAAGAAGAGCUAAAGUUCUUGCUGGCCAACCACAAAAGCAAGGAGGAAUCCCUCGGUAAUUCUGAAAGGGGAGCAUUCUGCAACUGCAAGCCUAGGAAAGGCCAAAAGAUAAAUUCCUUAAGAAAGCAGAGGAACCCGCUUAUGUCUUGUAAGUAUGAAAGUUAUGCAAGUCAUGGCCUUGGCUGA